UUUAUUUCAUUAACCGUCGAAUAAGCAUGUCUGCCUCGAAGCGGGUCAGCCACGACGUUACUGGUGCGGCGGCGAGACUGUGGGAGGGAGGCGCCGUAAUAAUCGCUAUCUGCAUCUGCGCGAUUGCGCGGCACAGCGUGCAGCAUGGAGCGGAGUUUGACAUCUCCGCCAACGCGCGGCUGCUCCUCAUCCCUCUCGUGAUUUUCGCCCACCUCGCAAAGACGACCUGCUCCAGGACCCUCCGCGUAGCGUCUCUCUGGACGGCGGCGACGGUCGGGCCCUACUCGGAAGUCUACUGCACCUGGCUCGAGCACGAGAGGCUCGUGGCGGGGAGCACGAGCGUGGAGGCGUACGCGGCGGUCUGGUUUGACGCGUUUGGCUUCUACCUCGUCAUGACGAUGACGCUGCCCUUCCUCUCGUCGGUCAUCCUGAUGCCGCGCCCAGCGUUCUACGGCAUGAUCCUCGGCUCGAUCGGUCCGCCCGGCCUCCUCUUCGCGCUGCUGCCUCCGUGGCCGUCCAACACGGCGCUGCUCUCCCUCUGGCUGCUCGACCUCGCGGCCUCGGUCGCCGUCUUCCACUCCCUCGACCGCACCUCGCGUGAGGCAGAGGCGCAGGGCCGGGCGCAGGAGCGGUACAUCGCCGCGCUGUCGCAUGACUUUGGCACGCCGAUCUCCGCGCUGCAGAUGGCGACGCAGCAGAUCGAAGAGGCGAUGCGCGCAGAGGCCAAGCCCGAGGGCACAUCUCCGGUGCCCGCCCGGGUGCUGCCCCUGCUGUCGGGCAUGCAGGCCGCCCUCGAGGUGAUGAGCGCGCUCAAGCGCAAGGCGGUCGACGUGGGCAAGCUGCAGCACGGGGAGAGGCUGACGCCCGAGCGGGGCCCCGUCUCGCUGCGGGAGAUACAGAACCGAAUAAUUAAAUACAUAAAGAAUUGCCCCGUCUCGCUGCGGGAGAUCGUGCAGCGGAAGCUGCCCGCCCUGGUCCGCUACAUGCCGCACCGGGACGAGGUGCGCGUCGAGUACAGCGUGGGCGACGAGGUCGCAGAGGCAGUGCUCACCGACGGGUCUUGGGUCUUCAUGAUCUUCAUCAACUUCGCCUCCAACGCCUUCAAGUCGACUCGCCAAGGCCUCGUCUCCCUCUCGGCGCACCUCGUGCAAGGCCGGCUGCGGCUCCUCGUCGCCGACACGGGCAUCGGCCUCUCCUCCGCCGUCGAGAAGCAGCUCUGGCAGCCCUUCCGGCAGGCGUCGCGCUGGCAGUCCGGCACUGGCCUCGGCCUCUACCACGUGCAGCAGCUCGCCGCCGCCCUCGGCGGUUCCGUCGGCUACCAGCCCAACCUUCAAGCGGGCAGCGGCGCUGUCUUCUGGGUUGACCUGCCGUACGAGCCAACCACGCUUCCCGCCUCGCACGCCGCCUCGCCAAGCGCGGUGCGGCGCGAGGCGCGGGCGCCGGUCGCUGGCGCCGUCCUCAUCGCCGAGGACAACGUCUUCAUCCUCCAGCUGACCGAGGAGCUGCUGCGCGCCGCCGGCGUCAGCGAGGUGCUGCUGGCGGCGAACGGAGUCGAGGCGCUCGACUUGAUCACGUCUCCCGACGCGCCCGACAUCGCUUUGGUGCUCAUGGACGUGCUGAUGCCCUUCAUGGACGGGAUCGAGUGCACGCGCAGGCGCCGCCCGUGCGCAUCAUCGCGCUCUCCGCUAACGGCUCCGACGCGGCGUGCCAGCGCGACUGUCUCUCCGCCGGCAUGAACGGCGAGCUCUGCACGCCGGUCUCGCUGCCGAAGCUCGUGGACGCGCUCCAGCAAGGGCAGGGGAGGAGGCCGCUGCCCUCCGGCGGCGGCGCUUCGCCGUCAGCCGCGCCAGGCGUCCCUCUCCCGGUGCUCGAUUUGGGCGCGGUGGCGGCGAUGCUCGGCGGAAGCGAGGCGAGCGCGCGCGUGGCAGUGGAGGGCUUCUAUCGGAUGGAGACCGCCGGCCCGUCGCCCGGCGGCGCCUCGCUGCAGCAGCUCUCCGCCGCCGCCGCGCGAGGCAGUUUGCGAGAGGUGUAUGAGCAGGCACACUCGCUCAAGGGCGCGUGCGCGUGCGUGGGCGCCCGCGCGGCGCAGGAGGCGGCGUUGCGGCUCGAGCGUGCGGCGCGUGCCGCCUCGGACGCUGGAACUGCGCUGCCUCCGGACAGGCUCGAUUCGCUGCUCGCGGGUGUGAGCUCGGAGAUGCAGCGCCUCCUCGCUGCACAGGCGGAGCUGCUCUCCGGUGGGGAGUGCUAGAGGCGCUCGCACAGCGCCAGGGGAGCAGGGGAGGGAAGCAGUGAAGGCGGAGGCUCUGACUCGCCCGUCUUUCCACAGAGUUUCCAACGUACGUUAGAGAGCCGUAUACAGUUUUGACUUUUGUGGAGGCGAUUUUUCCUUGU